AUGCUUCGUAGGUGCUACAACACUUGUGAGCCGGAGAAGAGUCCAACUCCGCCUCCUUGUGAUGUCGAUACUCCUCUGCCCACAUAUGCUGUCAUCAGGCCUCCCGAUCCAACAAAGAGCCCUGAGUAUCCUCCAGAACCUACAGAGGAGCCUUCGAGUGAUUGCAGCUCCGUUACCGUGUGUGCCGACUAUAUCAAUGAAUGCGGUUUGAUGUAUGGAGGCUGCUUUCCUGACUGUACCCCUUGGCCUACGUUCACACCGCCGCCUUGUCCUACCACCACUUCUACCUUGAAAACUCACGCAGUUAAGCCUACCAAGCGCCCUGAGUGCUCUGAUGGCGGGGAGCACAUAAUCUGUGUUGACAAAGUCAACGAGUGCAUGAUGAAAUAUGGCGGAUGUUACGACUACUGCGCUACCCCCACACCUUCCUUCAUCACGCCCGUCUGCCCGACUAGCACUAAGAAGACCACCAUUGUGAAGCCGACACGGACGAGGAGGACAAAAACCAAGCCAACGCCCACCUCGUCUCAAUCUUACCCUCCCGGCAUGGAAGAGCAGUGUGAGAGGAAUGGGUCCUUGAUUCUUUGUGCCGAUGGCAUCGAUGAGUGUGGCAAUGGCUGGGGAACCUGCUUCGACGUUUGUGCUACUCCGACGCUAUCUAGGCCUACCACACCAUGCUCCAUCACCCCUGAGCCCACUGUCGCGUCUCCCGAACCGAUUUCUGAGAGCUGCUCUGACAUCACUCUCUGCAUCGAUUAUGUCAAUGAGUGCGGAAUGUGGUAUGGCGGCUGUCAUGAUAUUUGCAGCACGCCGUCGUACGCAAAGCCUCCAUGCCCGAGCACUAUGACUGUGACGACCUUCGAGACGGCGACUCCGACAGGUGUUGAUCCUGGUUAUGAAUACGGUGACGACUACUAA